GUAUUUUUUUUCUUUAUACCAUGUUGCAUCGAGAUGCAGGUCCCCAGAGUUACGAAAGUAAAAACGGCUCCAUUGAUGCUGUUACUUUUCUCGUGCUUUCAAACAAGCCUGUAGUUUUAUUUGCUUCCUUAAUUAACACUCUCAUUCCAAGAUUACUUAAUUUAUUUUCGCGCUUCAUAUAAGUCAUCAUACGAAAACAGUUGUGUUAAAAAUGUUCCCUUUUUGUACUAUAUGGCUUCAAUGAUCGUAUAUGAUAACUGUCAGAGGAGAGCCAACUGCUGCAGAGUAUGGUUUGGAUUUAUUUUAAAACUUAUUUAAAUGCUUACUUGUUUUUAAAUUCAGAAUGGAUCAGUUAAAUCGCCAUUAAUCAGUGAGCAUUCUCAACCUUCAACCCAUAUGGUUAAUCGACUACAACAACAGAUAGAUAUCCUCAGAUGCCCUAACUGUUAUCAUGAAAGGCCAGUGAGUCGGAAACAGAACUUUUGUUUCCAUUGCGGUUUGGGUUUACCUAUUCUGUCGUCACCUAAGCAUGGCUCGUGCGCAUUAGAGAACAUUGGUGUUUGCCCAUACUGUAAAGCUCACGUGCCGUUAAAUUUGACUAGCUGUUUAGUAUGUGAAGCUCCAUUACAAAGGUCUCAAGUACAAAAGUAUGGUCAAUAUCCUGAAGAAUGUCGUUUAUGUACAACAUGUGGAACAAUGAAUCCUAUUGAUGCUCGAAGUUGUAUAAUCUGUGAAGUACGAUUACCUAUGGGUGCUACUAAUGUAGUACUCUCUAAAGGACAAUCUUUCUGUGACUCUCAUGUACCUUGUUUAAAAGAACAACAAAACAAAUAUACAGUAAUGAAUAAAUCUGUACGAUUUUCUCUUUGUGUUUACUGUCAUCGUGAAAAUAAUCCUGAUGCGCGUUACUGUGAUUGGUGUGGCAUAGAGGUACCAAAGCAGUCUUUAAAUCCCUUGAACAGUGAACUAAAGUCUUCAGAUAAUAAUGGUGCUCAUCAUGAUUGGUCAUUUUACGAUAAUCAUAAUAAAACCUCUGUACGUUAUGGUUUCAUACAUUGCAUUAAAUGUGAUUUACCUAAUCCUAAGGAAGCCAAUUAUUGUUCUUAUUGUGGAUUGAAUUUACUGCCUCCACCACGUACUGGAUGGUAUUCAACUAGUCAUACAUCCAAUUACAAUGAGUUUGAAUCUGAUGGAAAUCAGUCUGAAAAAUCUCUUUCACAAUACAAACCUUUACAGACUGUUGUUGCAAAUGUCUCUACACAAACUGUUGGUCUGUUUUACCCUAGUUCAACUGACUUACGACGUCAAGCCCGCCUUACUCAAAGUCGCUUGUCAGCAGAUGCCCAGUUAAGAGAUAAAGCACCUGUUCUUACUGCUGUCAGUCCAGGCAGAGGAUUUUGGCGUAAACAGUUAGAUCAUAUUUUCGCACACUUGAAGCUGUAUACAAAUAAUAAUUCAGAAUUUCGUGCUGCAAUUGGACAACCAAGAUUUGGUAAACUUUUGUCAGCUGAUUUAUGUGAGGCAUCAAAUCAAGCAAAAAUCACUUUGACAUACACAUUACCAAGUGAUAAGAAGACUGUUACAUCUGGAACAGGUAAUCAAAUAAUUUCCAACAAGGUGUCUGUGGAUUCAGAUUACAAUGAUGGUAAAUUGUCGCACUCAAUGAAGUAUCCAAAUCAAUCGAAACAAAAUUUAGAUAGUUUUAAAAAUCUUAAUCGUCAGGAGAAUACUUAUGAACAACAGUUGACUGCUAGACAGUCUCCUGCACCGUGUCCUGUAAAAGAUGACCAAUAUGAAAUGAUGCGCUCAAGCCCUGUUCAACGUGGUAAUACUGAUAUAAACCAUAUACCUCCUAAAUCUUCACACGAAUACUAUGAAAAUAAAAGUAAGACUGGUUCAUCCGAAGCAGAGGAAGACGAAUCGAAAAACGUUACGAAAUCGACUAAAUCUCUCAAUUCAACAAAAAAGAAACCAGACCACAAAUAUUCUGGAUUACGGCCGAAUCCUCACACACAGUAUGGUGAAACUGGUGUCGCUCUACUAAGAAAUUCUAAGCUAUCAACUUCAGAUAUUAAUUUGCUAUAUACACUAAGUCAAACGAAUGUAGAUAUACAUGAAGUGAAACGCCUUCUUAAGGAAAUGGUGAAAAGUCAUCCUUACUAUUGGUAGUCUAAUGAAACUAAUACAUUAUGUCUCACUGGAUUAUUAUUCCCAUUUUUUAAGCUUAUUCAAAGUAACUGCUCUUUGAUUUUCGCACUAAACAAAGAAUUUUAAAAGAAGUACUCUUGUCAUCUUUCCUUUACCAAAGUUUAAUGUACGCAAAUUAUUUAGCUCUAUAUAUAAUGACAUAUGGAAAAAUUAUAUAUGUAAAAUCGCGGCGAAAUUGAAAUAAGUUAUUCCAACGUUUCAUUCGGCAAACUGGUCUGAACUUCUUCAGGCAGAUUAAUCGAAAUUAUAAUGACAAAGGUUUAUAUAUAAAAAGGAUAUCUCUUGUUGUUAAAAACUUUAUUCAGUCAUAUGAGUCAUGAAACAGGCAUCAAAAUGAAAUAAACAAAAAUGUUGCAUGAAAUGUGGUUAGAAUUUGACCUCAGACUUACAAAUAUUAGUCUGCUUUUGUUUGACACUUUAAACAGUGUACUUUUCAUCAGAAUUUUAGUGAUUACGUUCAGCUAAAGCUCAUGGUCGUAGAUAACUGAAUAUGGAAAAUAUAUAUGUAUGUAUGGUAUACAAUGGUGUGUCCAUGUGUGUAUAUGUAAACAAUUGUAGAUCAUUUGUUAGCCUCUCCAUAAGAAGAUAUAAGCAAUCGCGAAUUUAGAUCAAGUAUGACUGAUCGGUGAUACAUAUCCAUUUCUAUUUAUUAAUCAGGAUUUGCUGUGCAUCAACUUACACCCACGUCUGUUAAAACUUUUGGGAUUCACUCAUAUUUGUAGGGCUUCUGCAGUCAGUCUUUCUUUAUACGAACCUAAAACUUUGUUCAGAACCUUAGUCCUAUCAAAGCCGGUCCCGUCUUUUUCGAAUGCAGCGCAAUCGCCGAUCUGUUUUCCUUCAAGUCUACAGAGGUCUUUGGAACCACCUUUAGACAUUGUUUGUGCUCCUACACUCUUAUACUAACCUGUUUGAAAGCUCAUCCUACAAUUGCAAAAUUUAUCUGGUACACACAAUUCUGUUGGUUGCCUUAUAUUUUAUCUUUAAGCUACACCAGUCAAGAGCGUAAGUCGUCCGUUGCACAAAAAUACACUCUUAUGUCAUCAUUGUUAAGGAUUCGCCUUAUAUAUAUAUAUAUAUAUAUAUAUAUAUAUGUAGCAAGCAAUAUAGAAAGCAAGCUGUAUCUGUUCUGUUUAAAUCUGAAGAAAACGAAAGUACAAUCAAGCAAUCAACAAUAUAGUCAUGCACACUGGUAACUAUUUGAAUUGCUUGAUAACAAAACGAUAAUUCCAAAGUUAACAACCCUUCAAAUCACACAAUAGUGAUCGAUUUCCUUCUGAUUUAACUCUCUGGUUAGUUAUGAUAAUGACAGUUAUUAAGAUAAUAAGUAUCCAGACUACAGACAUUACGAAUUUCCUAAAAAUAAUUUGAGCCCCGAGUCAAAAUGUAUAGUGAUGAUUAUUAUUAUUUACAGAGAUUUUGAUAAACACAAAUUAUUGUAUAUUUGAAUUGUAGCCCACUUCAUUUGUAUAAUUUAAUUGGCGGAACUGCUUUAUUUAGCAUUUAGUUCUAUGAAGUAAUAAAAAUCUAUCUUAUCAUUAGUUUUCUAUUCAAUAAUAGGGUGCCAACCCCAACUGUGUAAAUGGUGCCAAAGAAACUCC